GUUCCCUGUCGGACACAUGAAUAGGGCGGACGUCUAGGGAAAACGUGAGAGUUGAAAGCAAGUUGAUGUUCAAAUGUUUACUUGACGGGUUUUAUAGAGUUUAAACUGUAUUGUCGAAUGUUAGAUAUUAACACGUAAAGCAGUGCAAAAUCGUGGGGAAAGCUUUGGAAAUAAUUAUGAAGAAGGAGCUUAAAAAGAGUGAGGCGGUCGAGUCUGACCAAAAGUCGGCGGACUAUGAGUUUGGACAGGUCUCCGGCAGCUUGUUUCCAACCCCCCAGGCGGGGUCAGGGUCUCUGUCGGCCUUGUUCAGUUCAGCCGCCCCCGCCCCGCUGCUGUUCAUUCCAGCACCGAAGCCCGCUGAAAAGAUCCCGGGAGUCAAGAAGCAGUCCGAGCCAGCAGGGGUCAAAGCUCAAGCCCUACAACGCCAGAAGAAACCACAGGAUGAGCCUGCAGACUGUCAGCAGCUGGUAGACAGGGAAAGCGCGCUGCAGAACGCAGACAAACAAGAGCAACAGAAGAAGCCCUCGAAGGCAAACCGGAGGAAAGCUGCCGUUGCUUUGGGAAUGGAUGAGGAAGAGGCGGUCCAACCAGCGAAGAGACCGAGAAACCCACCUUCAGCGUCUCACGAGGAAGACGAGGAGAAAAAGAAGAGGACGGUGUUCGUGGGGAACCUCCCUGCCAGCUUCACCAAGAAGGGCCUGCUGAAGCUGUUCAGAGAGAAGGGGGCCGUGGAGUCCACACGCUUCCGCUCAGUGGUGAGGGAGGAUCCAGCAGAUUCUCUUAGAGUAGCGACCAUCCAGCGUAAAGUUCACCCCAUGAAGCAGAGUCUGAACGCCUAUGUGGUCUUCAAGGACGAAGAGGGCGCUUGCAAGGCUUUGGAGAGGAACGGGCUGGAGGUGGCGAAAGAUUUCGUCAUCCGAGUGGACAGCGUGACAGACAGCACGCAUGACCACAAGAGGUCUGUGUUCGUGGGGAACCUGGCGUUCGAGCUGACGGAGGCGACUCUGCGGGAACACUUUGAGGGGUGUGGCGCCGUGACAGCCGUGCGUCUGAUCAGAGAUAAAAACACCGGGCUUGGGAAAGGCUUCGGCUACAUCCUAUUUGAGAGCGCUGACUCGGUGCAGCUGGCUCUGAAGCUGGACGGCACCCCCCUGGCGACACGCAAGGUCCGUGUCAAGAGGUCCGUCAAGAAGGAUAAGAAAGUCACACCCAGCGGCGCUGCCGCAGGAGGUGGAGCCAAGAAGGGGUCCACUGGCCCCGGACGUGGGGGCGGGGCGAAGGAGCGACCGGCGCCGGGAAAGGGUGUGAACGCAGCCGCCUUCCAGCGUCGCGUAGCGAUGAAGACGAAGCCGGCCAAGCCGUCGUCUUUCAGGGGAGAGAUGACCGACAGCACCAAGACCAAGAACAAGAGCAAGACCAAGAGCAAGAAGAAGUUCCAGAAGAUAAAGGGUACGAAGACCAAGGGCCAGAAGCCCAAAGGUGAAAAGCCCAAAGGUCCGAAGCCCAAGGCCCAGAAGCCCAAAGGUCAGAAGCCUAAGGGCCAGAAGACCAAGGCCCAGAAGUAGAAGAUUCACAUUGAAUAACCUCGUGGCCACGGGGGCACACUUGCAGAGUCUGGGACUUCUCGUUUAGAACCCAUGUGUUCUCCAGGGUUCUGAGGUUCUCCGUACUGGAAACGGAGCCAACCUUUUUUAUUUUAACAAUGCAGUUGGGUUACCUGCAUAUCAUGUUUAAGGGUCCUUGUUUGACCAUUCAUACGUCGGAGUGUCCCCAAAUGUAAAAUGGAUUGGUCGAUCAUAGAUCUGGAGACUCCCAUGUGUGAUGUCAAAACAUUAGUUUAGGAGAUGGUAUCUCACACCUGGUGGUUGAUGCAGCCCUGUCCUCUGUAAAUACUGUAAAUGAACCAUCAACACAGGGAAAUAAAACAGCAGUCAUUUCAUUCA